AUGCCGGAAAGAAUGCCUGGGAGAGUUUUGUCCCCAAAAGUAGAUGAAAGUUUGUACUCGCGUCAAUUGUAUGUGAUUGGUAGUGAGGCAAUGAAGAGAAUGCUUAGGUCAAAUGUUCUGGUGGUUGGUUUGCGUCGAGUUGGCUUAGAAGUGGCUAAGAAUUUGUGUUUGGCUGGUGUACGGAGUGUAAGUAUUCUAGAUAAGGAACCGGUUCGUAGUGAAGAUUUAGGGACGGCUUUUUAUUGCUCGGACUCUGAUCUUGGCGAUCGGGUAGAUAAAAGUGUGGAGUAUAAACUGAAAGCUUUAAACAGUCAAGUAUCUGUCUCGGUUUUAGAAGAGUUUCCUUCGGAUUUAUCAGUCUUUAGAGUAGUUGUUUUGUGUGACCAAGUCUUAGAAGAACAAUUACGAGUAAGUGCUUUGUGCCGGGAAGCUGAAGUGCCUUUGGUGAUUGCUCGUGUAAAAGGUCUCUUCCUGGAAGUCUUCUGUGAUUUUGGGGAAAGCUUUAUUACAACUGAUGCCACUGGUGAAGAACCUUUCCUGGGAACAAUUAAGAGUGUUUCGGAAACGGGUGAAGUGACUUUGGCCGUUUUGGAACGGCAUAAUUUAGAGGAUGGAGAUGAGAUUGAGAUAAAAGGGGCUGGAGCUAAGCGGUACACUGUUAGAGAUGCUAAAGCCUUUAAGUUCUCUAUUCAAGGGUACUGUGGUGAAGAUCUGGUGGGUAAGUCUUUUGAGCAGGUGAAGAGACAGAAAGUGGUGAGUUUUAAGGAUUUAGCUCGGGCUUUAGAGAAUCCUUUGAUUGUUAGUACUCAGCCUACCUCUGAACUGGUGCAUAAAUGCUUCCAUUGGGCUGAUGAGCUAGCUAGUAAGGUAGAUCCAGUCCAGGAGUUCAAAGCCCGGGUAAGUCUGACUGAACAGGAAGAAGUUCUGGUGGAAGAGUUCUUUAGACAGUGCUGGGAGUCAAUUGCUCCCAUUACUUCGGUGGCUGGAGGUAUUGCGGCGCAUGAGGCUUUAAAGGCUUGUAGUGCUAAGUUCAUGCCUUUACAGCAGUUCUUGUACUACAGUGCCUUGGAAAUGCUGCCUCCUCAGAGGUACUAUGCUGCUGAAAGGAAAGCGGCGGGAUUUAAUGGUAGUGGUGUAGCUGGUAGUGAAAUGGUGAGUGAUCGUCGGUACUUAUCUUUGUAUAACUUAGUGGGUGCCGAUAUAGAUAAGAUAUUUAAGGCGGGCUUGUUUGUGGUGGGUGCGGGUGCUAUUGGGUGCGAGUACUUGAAGAACUUAGCCUUACUUGGUGCUGGGAAGGACAAACGUUUAGUAGUAACUGAUAUGGAUGCUAUUGAGAAGAGUAACUUAAACCGGCAGUUCUUGUUUAGAGAGGGUGAUAUUUCGCAAAUGAAGUCGGUGGUGGCUACUCGUGAAGCCGCUAUUCUUAAUAAGGACAUGAACGCAGCUAUGCUGGCUUAUACCUCUAAAGUAGGGAAGGAGACAGAAACUCUGUUUAACGACCAGUUUUAUGCCCAAGUGGAUGUAAUUCUUAAUGCUUUAGAUAAUGUGGAUGCUCGGCUGUACAUGGAUAAGACGGCUAUUUACCAGCAAAUUCCAAUGAUUGAUGCCGGGACUUUAGGUACUAAAGGACAUACACAGACGGUUAUUCCUUAUAAAACAGAGCAUUAUGGCAAUACGGAUGAUCCGCAGGAAAGAUCUAUUCCUUUGUGCACGAUUAGGAACUUUCCGCACUUGCCGGUGCAUUGUGUGGAAUGGGCUUUAGCUGAAUUCAAGUCUUUGUUCUCGGAGCGGAUUUUAGAGGCUAAAUCGGCCAUUAGUGAAGCAGCUGUAACUGAACUGCCUUUACAAGUAAAACGCCUGCUAGCUACUCGGCCUAAAACGCCUGAGGAUGCCUUGGUAGAAGCAAUUAAGCUCUUUUAUAAGCGAUUCACUAAGACGCCGGCUUUGCUUUUGGAAACCUUCCCGGCUAAUCAUAUGACUGAGGAGGGUACGCCUUUUUGGAUUCCACCUAAGAAAAUGCCGACUCCUAUUGACUUAUCGGUUGAAGAUCCGGAGCACUUACUGUUCAUUAAUUCAGCCCAGGCUAUACUCAGCCGGACAUUCAAUCUGCCGGCUAAGCAGUUCAGUCCGGCGGAAAUUGCUGCCCAUAUUGAUCCGGCUAUUCGUGAAGCCCGUUUGGAGAAAGACGAUUCAGUGCCAGAAGGUGAGGUAGAUAUUCGUGUUUCGUUACAGGAAGAAGAGUUUGAGAAGGAUUCUGAGACGAAUGGACAUAUUGAUUUUAUCUCUUCGGCCGCUAAUAUUCGUUGCCAUGUUUACUCUAUUACUCCAAUCACGGCUUUGGAGGCCAAGAAAGUAGCUGGCCGGAUUAUUCCAGCUAUUGCAACUACAACGGCUGUUGUAUCUGGACUGGCUAUUCUGGAAGGAUUAAAGUACUUGUUUUGGAAAGAUAGGCCGGAAGCCGAGGAUAUCUACAUGAACAAUUAUGUUUCAUUAGCCAUUCCUCUUUUAGCGCAUAGUGAGCCAGCACCACCCCAUAAGACACUUCAGAAACUGCCCAGUAAAACCAUUACGAUUUCACAAUGGGACCGGGUAGAGAUUGCUGAUAGUACUUUGGAAGAAGUACUUGAUCGACUUAACAAAGAAUGGAAUGUGCAGAUUUCAACCCUUAUGCACGACUUAACUAUGCUUUACUGCUCGUUCUACAACACGGCUAAGUUCAAGGCCAACUUCCAAAAGAAGAUCUCGGAAAUACUUUAUCCGGGCGGUAUUCCCGCCGGAGUUCUUUCAGCCCGAGUUGAUCCGGUUAUUGAGGAUGAGGAAGGUAAUGAAGUUCCAGUACCUUUCGUAAAGAUUCUCUUUAAAUAA